AUGCGACCUCCUGCCCUGCUGCUCAUUACACUGUGUGCCUGCUCCUGCACCUGGCGUUGCAAUGCCAGACCAAAGGGAAUGCAAAUGCAAUCACAAUACCUUCGGGCGAUCACCACAUAUCGGAGAUUGGAACGUAGUCUGCCGCCGCAGGAGCUGCGCGCAUUAACUGCGCUGGGAUUAUUGAAUGGUGCUCGUCAGGCCGAGGAACAAAUGGAGCAGCAUCUGGUGCAAGAGAUCAAGGAACUGCUGCAAGAGACCGAUCUGCAGCAGGGCAAUCAAGUCAUGCUAAAGAUCGAUGAGAUCGAGCAGGAAUUGAUGCGAGAUAAGCGUGCUCUGAAUAUUCUCAGCAGCGCUGUCGAUGUCCUGGGCACCACUAAGAAUGAGCAACAGUUUCGCCAGGAUCUGCGCAGUAUCUUGGAACAGGAACGUUCUGAAUUUCAGCAGCAUCAGCAGUCACAUAAUUCGAUAGAUCAGCUGCAACUCGGUGAACGAUUGGGGCAAUUGCGUCUGCAUAUACUCGAGCAGAUUCCACAGAUGAAGAACACGUUGGAGAGCAAAAUCGAAGCGGCUUUGGAGCAGAUUCUGAAGCAGGCAACAGUUGAUGGACCCUUGGCCAAGGCUAGCUUAAAGGUGCUGCACAAACGAGCUGCAGAGCCAGAGCAGACAGAAGAAAAGCCUGUGGAAAGACCCAAGGAAAUUCAUGUGAUUAAAUCUAUUCUGUCGGAGGACGACUUUCGAGAGAAUCUAGUGGAACAACAGUUCGAGGGCAGUGAGAAUAGCAAUAAACAGUUGCAGCCAAAAGAUGAAAUUGAUGAGGCGGCUUUGGAUAUUGAUUCGCAAAACAUUACAGCCAAACCGAUGCCGCAAACUCAUGGCAAGCAGGAGGAUGGAGAUGGUUUCGAUGACGAAGGCGAUGCUGGCGGAGCUGAUGCAGGAGGAGGAGGAGGCGGCGGGCUUGUGGGCAUCAUUGGCAGCUUAAGUGGCGGCGAAGGCGGUUCGGAUGUUGGCGCAUUAAUCGGUGCACUUACGGGUCUCAUCUCAUCGCUGUUUGGCCCUGGUGGUCUGGACAUUGAGUCCCUGAUUAGCACCUCAACCUCAUUGCUGGCGGGUUUGUUAUCAGGCAACAAGAAUUUUGGCGUCGUUCUUGGCCAAUAUGUGGGCACCGCCUUCGAUGGAUUAUCUGGCGGCGGCGGAGCGGUGAACAAUGGACAGUUUCUUGGCCACUUUCUGGGCACUGUGUUGGCUGCACUUAGCGCUGAUCCCGAAGAUGAGGGUCCGCCGCAACCUUUGACAUUCGCCAAGAGCUUUCUGAGCGGUUUCACCGAGUCAAAGUUUCGCCCCAACUCAGCUGAGGCGUCAGAGGAGCGUCACGGCAGCACGGAAUUAUCGUUUCAAAAGAAGAAAAAGGAUGCUAGCGGCCAUUCCUUUGAUUCUGGUGGAUUUGUCAAGCAAAUUGCAUCGCAUUUAGUGAGCAGCGCACUGGGAUUGCUGCUAAAUGCAUCGCUGGGAGCAUCUGGCGGUGCUUCGCAUGCCUCCGCUGGUUUAUUCACGAGCAGCAGCCAUCACAUGAAAUCAGUCACGGGCAGAUCGUGGUCACCACAGCCACAGCCACAGACACAGCAGACUUAUGGAUAUUAA